CGAAGAAACAACAACGUCCGCUUCAUCUCCGAGGCUCGAAGAAAUAAUCAAAAGAGAGAAAGGAAAAAAUGAAGCAGGGGCUUCUUCUAUGGAGUCCUUGCUAUCUUUCUCCACCGUCUUUCCACUCAGUUUCUCACAGAAUUCCAUCAACCAAACACGCCUCUCAACUGCCGCCAAUUUCUGCCUCUAUUGAUUCGACUGACACCCAACAGCGGCAGCAGCAGUUAUCAGCGAGAGAGAGAAGGCAACUGAGGAACGAAAGAAGAGAGAGCAAAGCAGGGUAUAAUUGGAGAGAACAAGUUGAGGAGAGACUUAUAAAAAAACCCAAGAAGAGAUACACUUCUUGGACCGAGGAACUCAAUCUUGAUAACUUGGCUCACUUGGGUCCUCAAUGGUGGGUGGUUCGAGUCGCCCGGAUUAGAGGUCUCGAGACAGCCGAAGUCCUGGCUCGGUCACUCGCUAGGAACUUCCCCGACAUCGAAUUUAAGAUGUAUACUCCAGCUGUUCAGGAGAAGAAGAGAUUAAAAAAUGGUUCAAUAUCAAUAAAACCGAAGCCCUUAUUUCCAGGGUGUGUUUUCUUAAAAUGUGUAUUGAACAAAGAGAUUCAUGACUUCAUAAGAGAAUGCGACGGAGUUGGAGGUUUUGUUGGUUCUAAGGUCGGAAAUACAAAAAGACAAAUAAACAAACCUAGGCCAGUGUCUGAUGAUGACAUGGAGGCAAUCUUCAAACAGGCCAAAGAAGAGCAAGAAAAAGCUGAUCAAGCAUUUCAGGAAGAACAGGAAGGAGAAAAAACCCUCACAGCUGAUAAGCUGAAUAUAGAAUAUAAUUUAGAUUCCAAUGGUGUUACAACAUCCAUUUUGGAUUCUAAGCCAAAACGACAGUCUAGAAAGCGAUCUGAUACUGUAGCAAAUAGAGAAAAGAGUUCUAAACUAGUCCCAGGUUCGAUGGUUCGAGUUGUAUCUGGGACUUUUGCAGAAUUUUUGGGCAGCCUUAAGAAACUGAACCGGAAAACUGGAAAGGCAACUGUGGGAUUUACACUAUUUGGGAAAGAAAGCUUAGUAGAGCUAGAUGUCAAGGAUAUUGUUCUAGAAACAAAGUGAUAUGAAUGUGCUUUCCUUAUAAUCAUUAUGGCUGAAGGGUAAGCUCAUUGUGCUCAUGAGUUUGUGCUAUCAAUUAUGUGGGUAUCGUUUAUUCCCCAUUGUAUGUAGAUUGUAGCAUAGAAGUCAUAACCCACACUCAUCAUUGCUUGUAAGCUUUUGUAGAUCACUCUCUUACUUGCUUGCUGUUUUGAAUAUGCCUUACGAUUAUGUAAUUUGUAUAACCUGUGAAGUUGUUAUCCUUUCAUAUAUCACAUUUUCAUUCACCCCCUGGGAUGUAUACAUUUUUGUGUACUCAGUACACACUCAUAAUUAACCAAGUAAUUUGAAGAACAUUUU